GGGAUAGGCGCGGGGGCGCGUCCGUCACCCGACAAGCCCCCGGCCCGGACUCGGAGGGAUGCGGAGCGGCAGUGGCGGCGGCGGUGGCGGAGACUGUGGCUUUAAGAGUGCGCAGGGAGCGCUAGAGUCAGCCGUGCAGUCCUUCGUCGCCAAACACUCCGGAGCAGCCGAGCCCGGCGCUGGCGGGACCGGGCAGCCUGCUGCCAGGCUGCUGAAACCUGGCUGUAGACCUCUGCUAGAGAGUCCUUCCUCUGAAGACGUCACCAGUGUGUGGAGCCUGCCGCACACCCACCCCCUGCUAAACCACGGCCUUUACCUGUGUCUUUCGGUGUUUCCCGUGCGACCCAUCCUGUGGGAGUGCCUCGUGGGCUGCCCCAGAGUUCACCCCACGCUCCGCUGCACCCAUGGUGAAGAUGACAAGAUCCAAGACUUUUCAGGCAUACCUGCCCUCAUGCCACCGGACCUACAGCUGCAUUCACUGCAGAGCACACUUGGCCAAUCACGAUGAACUCAUUUCCAAGUCGUUCCAGGGAAGUCAAGGACGAGCAUACCUCUUUAACUCAGUUGUUAAUGUGGGCUGUGGGCCUGCAGAAGAGCGGGUGCUGCUAACAGGACUCCAUGCAGUUGCAGACAUUUACUGUGAAAACUGCAAAACCACUUUGGGCUGGAAAUAUGAACAUGCGUUUGAAAGCAGUCAGAAAUAUAAAGAAGGCAAAUACAUCAUUGAACUAGCACACAUGAUCAAGGACAAUGGCUGGGACUGACCUGACAGCAUCCAUCUGGUCCAGCAUCCACACGAAUGCCAUCCAACUGAACAUUCUACCCAAGCGUGAGAGAGUGACUGAACACUUGGUUCCAUCCAUUUAGGGGCCUUGCCAUCAGGGGGCACCCUCCCACCCGGACGCCAUCUUUCUGGGUGACUGGCCUCUAAAUCGCUGUCUCUCUGUCUCUUUGCUUUGUAUCUGUUUGUGAGUUGAUCUUGGCUUCUCUGUUCUAGUGUUGGCUGAAAACAAAAUAACGAACAGAACAGA